UGAGCAGCACUGCCUGAAUGACAGAUGGAAAGAUAAGCACCUACGCUGCUUUUUUUCAUCCACUUUUGUGAAAGACAACAGUGUCUUUCACAUGAAUUCUCUUUCCCAGGCUCAUGUGCUCUGGUACUGGGGCAGGUGCCUUUCCAUCCUGGAAGGGCCCCCGUUACUUGAUGAACAAUGAACAACGGCGUUCUUCUUGAAGAAGAGCUGAUCAAAAAGUCCCAGCAAAAGAGAAGGACGUCUCCCUCCAAUUUUAAAGUACGAUUCUUCGUUUUGACAAAAUCAAGGCUGGCGUAUUUUGAGCAUCGUCUUGGGAAAAAAAGAAUUCUAAAGGGCUCAAUUGAACUAUCGAAGAUUAAGUGCGUAGAAAUUGUGAAAAGUGAUAUCACAAUUCCAUGCCACUAUAAAUACCCUUUCCAGAUUUUUCACGACAACUAUCUGCUGUACGUCUUUGCUCCCAGCCAAGCGAGCUGUCAAAAAUGGGUGCUGGCUCUGAAAGAAGAAACCAGGAACAACAACAAUUUGGUGGCGAAGUUUCACCCAAAUUUCUGGAUAGAUGGGAGAUGGAGAUGUUGCGCUCAGGGAGAAAAACUGGCAACAGGCUGUGUGGAGUAUGUUCCAGGCAAUACUGUCUCCAAGAAACCUCUUCCCCCAACUCCAGAGGAUAACUGGAGAUUAUUUGCAGAGACCAAGGAAUCUCCAGUAAUAGCCAUUUAUGACUACAGUGCACAGAAUCCUCAGGAGCUGGAAUUACGGUGCAACGAAGAAUACCAUGUUAUUGAUAACUCUGAGGUCCACUGGUGGUUGGUUCAGGAUAGAAAGGGGCAUGAAGGAUAUGUACCAAGCAGCUACGUGGUAGAAAAAUCAGCAGAAAAUCUGCAAAUAUAUGAGUGGUACAACAAGAGUAUCAGCAGAAGCAAGGCAGAAGCCCUGCUCAAGGAAGAGGGUAAGGAAGGAGCCUUCAUGGUGAGAGAUUCAAGGCAACCUGGCACAUACACAGUCUCAGUUUUCACAAAGGCUUUGAGCAACGAGAACAACCCCGUUAUAAAACAUUAUCACAUCAAGGAGACAAGUGACAUCCCCAGGAGGUACUACCUGGCAGAGAAGCAUGUUUUUGAUUGUAUCCCGGAACUGAUCACCUAUCACCAGCACAAUGCAGGAGGUCUUGUUACUCGUUUGAGGUAUGCUGUUUGCUCCUGGAGAGAAAAGGCUCCUGUUACUGCUGGCCUAAGCUAUGGAAAAUGGAUGAUUAAUCCUCAGGAACUGACAUUUGACCAGGAGAUUGGCCUUGGCCAGUUUGGGGUGGUUCAUCUUGGUUACUGGCUGGGCCGGAUGAAAGUGGCCAUAAAAACCAUUCGCACAGGAGCCAUGUCAGAAGAAGACUUCAUUGAGGAGGCCCAAGUCAUGAUGAAGCUCUCCCACCCCAAAUUAGUCCAGCUGCAUGGGGUAUGCAUGCAACAAGCUCCUAUGUGCCUAGUGUUUGAAUUCAUGGAGCAUGGGUGUUUGGCUGAUUAUCUAAAGAGGCAGCGAGGGAGUUUCUCAAAGGAAGAGCUCCUUGGAAUGUGCCAAGAUGUGUGUGAAGGAAUGACUUAUUUGGAACAAGCAUCUGUCAUCCACAGAGACUUGGCUGCUCGGAAUUGUUUGGUAGGAGAAUUCCAAGUUGUCAAAGUGUCAGAUUUUGGAAUGUCACGAUACGUCCUUGAUGAUCAGUAUACCAGCUCCAUGGGCACCAAAUUCCCCAUCAAAUGGUCAGCACCAGAGGUUUUCUCCUAUAGUCGGUAUAGUACCAGAUCUGAUGUAUGGUCAUUCGGAGUAUUGAUGUGGGAGAUAUUCAGUGAAGGCAAAAUGCCUUACGAGAACCGGACCAACGCUGAAGUGGUGGAAGAAAUCAGUGCUGGUUUACGUUUGUAUAAGCCCAGACUGGCCUCCAGUACCAUUUACACGCUCAUGAGACAUUGCUGGAGUGAGAAGCAAGAGGACAGACCCCCCUUCUCUACCCUGCUCUACCAGCUCAAUGAAAUAUCUGAAUCUGAUCUUUAACUAAAGAUGAAAGGAAGCUGCUUCUUAAUUAAAA